GGGUGAGGCCUUCGCUGCAGGCUUGCUCAUUCCGUUCCGUCCACAGCGCACAACUGCUUUCGCUGCUGCUGGCGAGGUCUCGUCGUCGUCUCUCGCGUUCCACAACGAGGAUAGCAUCUCAUUCUUAUAGAGGCCUUUGUUUCAACAUAGACUGUAUUUCUACGGGCCACGAGACGAACCCUCGCCGUCGAUCUCUAAUCGGAUAUCCAUAGAUUUCUCGCUGGGCCUUUGGCGUUUCUGUUAUGUCACCUGUCGCUAUAUCAAUCAUGAAUACUGAAUCCUUGUCUUCCCUUCUGGACGCCCUGCGAUCUGCGCCCACUGGCCCUGAUGCCAAAGCGGCAGCGGACAAGGUGGCUCGUGAAGUAUCGAAAAAAGGUCUACAGUCGCUAGAAGACGAUGGUGUCCUGGCCGCACUGCAUGGCUUCGCCACGAACAAGAAGUCCGGAUACGAAAGAGAGUCCGCCGCAAUCGGGUUCCAGUCGCUAGCAAUUACAUUAGGUGUACCGAGUGGUCCCAUUCUCCUUUCGUCCCUCCCCAUUCUCUACGAGCUCUACAUGGACAAGGGCGAUGUAGUCCGCUCAGCUGCUGCAAGUGCGAACAAGGCCAUCUUGAAGCUUUUCCCGCCGGAGUCAACGAGAUUAGUCUUUGGAACGUUACAGGAGGUGCUCGAGAAAGGGAAAUGGCGCAGUAAGGUCGGCGCAUUGGAUGCGAUCAAGAGCUUUGUGAGCACUGCUCGCGAUGCCGUCGCGAACGAACUCGUCAAUAUAUUACCUGCGGUUGGAUCUGCUAUGCACGAUACAAAGCCUGAGGUUUCUUCCGCAGCGGUCAAGUGCGGUAAUGCGCUCUGUACGACUCUAGCUAACCCAGACCUUACCCCUCACAUUCCAAUGCUCGUGAAGUGCAUGCAGAAUCCGGACUCUGUCCCGGCUUGCAUCAAGGCGUUGUCUUCAACAACGUUUGUAUCCGAGGUCACGGCACCAGCUCUGGCCGUCCUUGUUCCACUGUUACUUCGUGCCCUCAAUGACCGGAGCAUGGAGGUGCAGCGCAGAACAGUAGUGGUAAUCGAUAACCUUGUUAAGCUUGUCCGUGAUCCGAAAGUUGCCGCUACACACCUAAGCCCGCUUGUCGAGGGUGUUGAGAGGAUUGCUAAAGGCGCCGCCUUCCCAGAGGUUCGCGCUUUCGGGCAGACUGCUCUCGAUACUCUACACAAAGCUGGCGCAUCUGCGACGGCGCCUCCACCUAUUCCACGUGAUCUCGAAGCCGAGAAGGCUGAGACGACCUCAGUCCUUCUGACACUCUUGCCGCAGGAACUGGUUACGGUAUACUCGAUAAGUCCGAAUGGUCCUCCCACGCCAAAGUUUUCUCUAUUCUCUCAAGUCCUACAGUUCGCUGCGUCUUUAGUAGCCGAUCUCGUGUAUCAGAGGUAUUUCCAUGAUGCUGAGGUGUGGAAGAGGUGUCUUGGCGUCUACGUGGAACCGUGGCUGCCUGCAGGGGAAGAUGCCUCAUCGUUCGCGGAUAGAGUCCGCUCCCACUUCCUUGCUGUGGACCGUGCUAAAUACGCUCCUACUCAGACUGGUUCGGAUGAGGAAGGUGAAGUUCUGUGCGACACGGUGUUUUCGCUCGCCUACGGUGCCUUGCUACUGCUUUCCCAUACAAAGCUUCGCUUGAUCCGUGGGAGGCGCUACGGUAUCCUCGGCCCGAAUGGUUCCGGCAAGUCAACAUUGAUGCGGCAGCUAAGGGAUGGCAAAGUCGAGAAUUUCCCGCCUCAGGACCAGCUAAGGUGUGUGAUGGUGGAGCAUUCUCUACAGGGCGAGGACGGGUCAUUGUCGGUCAUCGAUUUCAUUGCAGCGGACAAGGCGCUGGCUGGAGUACCUCGUUCACGGAUUCGUGACCAAUUGCUCGAGGUCGGUUUCGACGAUGCUCGGCAGGCCGAGAAUGUUGGAGGCCUUUCCGGAGGUUGGAAGAUGAAGUUGGAGCUCGCUAGAGCUAUGUUGCAUAAUGCCGAUCUGCUGCUACUUGACGAGCCUACUAAUCAUCUGGACCGGGCCUCAGUGCAAUGGCUUGAGAAAUACCUUACUGCGCAAAAGAAUGUGACAUGUCUGAUCGUUAGUCAUGACUCCGGGUUCUUGGAUAAUGUAACAACAGACAUAAUACACUACGAGUCGAAGAAGCUUGUAUACUACCCAGGUAAUUUGUCGAACUUCGUUUCCCACCAUCCCGAAGCCAAGUCCUACUAUACCCUCGCGGCUACCUCUAUCAAAUUCGCAUUUCCGCCACCGGGAUCCCUGAUGGGUGUACGGAGUAAUACCCGGGCAAUCCUCAAACUCACCAGCUGCACGUACACCUAUCCCGGGAAAAGUACACCUAGUUUAUAUAAUGUUAGCUGUGGCCUGUCCCUAUCAAGCCGUGUCGGCGUUAUCGGACCCAACGGCGCGGGCAAGUCGACUCUAAUCAAACUAAUAACAGGCGAGACCGAACCGCAGGAAGGGACGGUAUACAGACACCCGGCCCUUCGUAUUGGGUACGUGGCUCAGCAUGCCACGCACCAUAUAGAACGCCAUCUGGAAAAGACGCCGGUGCAAUACAUUCAGUGGCGAUUCCAAGAUGGACACGAUCGCGAGAUUUUGGAGAAAGCCACACGUGUACUGACUCCCGAGGAAAAGGCGCUCUACGAAACUCCCUUUGUGGGCAAGAAUGGAACCACUCGGAAGCUCGAGUUGAUCAUGGGCAGGCAGAAAUUGAAGAAGUCCCUGCAAUAUGAAAUUAAGUGGCGGGGUCUGGAUCAUCGAUUCAACACGUGGAUUCCUCGGGAGGAGUUGAUCUCGAAAGGAUUCGGGAAGUUGGUUCAGCAAUUCGACGAUCUGGAGUCCUCGCGGGAGGGGGCCGGUCAGCGCGACACUUCUCUCCAUAUUGUUCGCAAACAUCUGGAAGAUGUCGGCCUCGACGGGGACAUCGCCCAGUAUAACGAAAUCUCUGGCUUAUCAGGCGGUCAGAAAAUCAAGCUUGUCAUUGCAGCGUGUCUAUGGAACAAUCCUCAGAUUUGCGUACUGGACGAGCCGAGCAAUUUCUUAGAUCGCGAAGCUCUUGGUGGUCUAGCAGUCGCUAUACGCGACUGGGCUGGCGCGGUAGUUAUCAUAUCCCAUAAUGAAGAGUUCGUCAAGGCACUGUGCUCCGAGAUUUGGCACAUUGAAGGUGGCCGGAUGACGCAGAAGGGCAAAGUGGCGGUUCUUGAAGACGCCUUCGCAGACGCGAAGUCGCCCCUCGGCAGUGGAGUAAACACGCCAGCUAGGUCGAGGGGACAGACCCCUGCGGCCUCUACGCAGGGAACUCCUGCCGGCAGUGGCGAUGAGGAAAAGCCGAAUGGAUCGACUCAGGCCAAGAAGAAGAAAAAGCUGACUCGCAACCAGCAGAAGGCCCAGGAGGAGCGGCGCAGGAUCAGGAAGCUCAACUGGCUGACGUACGGGGGACCGAAACCUGAAGAUACUGAUAGCGACUAGGUAGAUACUCUAUACCGCACCAUGACAUAAUUAUUCUGCGCAACAGUCGCUCUCCAUGCGCAGGUCCCAUGUAUCAUUAAUCGUCGCCAGUCUGAAUUGACGGAAGCAAA